GACGCCCAGCUUCCGCCGGGCCCGCGGCGCGUCUGUUGUAGGUUAUGUUUUCGUGUUUGUUUUGAUUUCAUAUCGUCCCUUUACCUCAGUGUCUGCUGUCUGCCGUGCCAUGUGAUGUUUAGCAGUUGUGUGUGUGUUUCUAUGUGUCAGUUCUGUGUGGACAAUGCCUUCCAUUGACAAAGACAACCACGAAGCCUGUGAUUCAGACGGCUCGCUUACAUGGGAGGACUUUUUUGGCACAACAACUGCAGAGGACCUGGUGCCGACAUUGUUGGGGAUGUAUGACGCCCUAAUAGGUCGAGCGCCUGCACCCCCGCCUACACCUCCGCCUGCGCCUCGCUGUGCACCUGCGUACCGCCCUCUCUCUGCCAUCUCCAUAGCAUCAUCCUCGUCAUCUUCAUCAUCGUCGGUGACCAGCAGUUGUUGUAGUGGCAGAGUGGGAGUGAAGAGUGUAGCUUAUCUGGCAUCCAUAGAGUCUCUGGAGGACAGUGAUGAAGGGAAGAGACCCUCAGCACUGCAUAGGCUUAAGGCCCCCUCGCAAGGUUCUGCAGACAGUGGGGUACACAGUCCCCCUCCUUCCCGUCCUCACCUCAGCUACCGAGACAGAGUCGUCAUCGAAAUCAUCGAGACGGAAGCUGUCUAUGUCGCUGAUCUCAGACAAGUUAUUUUGGGCUACAAGGAGAGGUGGCAAGGCAGCACAGACUGUCCCCUCUCUGAUACCCAGAUGGAAGACCUCUUCAGCAAUAUUGAAGAGAUUUACCAUUUUAACAGCAAGUUCCUAAAAGAGCUAGAGAAGUGUGGGUUAGACCCUGUGCUGGUGGCUCGUUGCUUUGUGCGAAACAACGACGGAUUCUCUAUCUACACCGAAUAUUGCACCAACUAUCCCAGGACGGUGAGUGUUCUGACAGAGUUGAUGAGGCAAGAGAACACUGUCAAGAUGUUCCGAGAACGUCAGAUGGCUCUUCACCACACAUUACCCCUCGGUUCCUACCUGCUCAAACCUGUACAGAGGAUACUCAAGUACCACCUACUGCUUCAGAACAUAGUGAAGCAGUCGUCCCCAGACACACCGGGCUACAGCGAUAUUGUGAACGCACUCUCCACCAUGACUGCCAUCGCACACCACAUCAAUGAGAUGAAGCGCAGGCAUGAACACGCAGUUAGGGUGCAAGAGAUACAGAGCUUGCUGCUGGGCUGGCAGGGAGAAGACUUGACAACUUUUGGCGAGCUUUGUGCUGAAGGAACCUUCAGGGUGUCCGGUGCGAAGGCGCUGAGGCAUGUCUUCUUGUUUGAUCAAAUUCUUCUCAUUACCAAAAAGAAAGAAGAAGGCAUACUUGGAUAUAAAGCGCAUAUAAUGUGUUCCAACCUGAUGCUGAUAGAGAGUGUACCAGGAGAACCGCUCAGCUUCCAUGUCAUUCCUUUCGACAAUCCUCGUCUGCAAUACACCCUCCAGGCUCGCAACCUAGAACAGAAGCGAGAAUGGUCACUGCAGUUGAAGAGAGUGAUUCUGGAGAACUACAAUGCUGUGAUUCCCUCUCAUGCUAGACAGCUGGUGAUGCAACUGGGACAGAACAGGACAGACGAUGAGAUCCUUGCUGAAAAGGGAACACCCAAAAGACAACACUCAGCCCCUGAAUACUUGGAGAAGAGGAAGCAAGAAAGAGAAAGAGGGACAGAUAGAGGGAGGCGGAAGUCUGAGACAGGCAUUAGAGCUCGAUUGAGAUCUAGAACAUCAAGAAACUCUGAGUCAAACAUUUGCUUGAAGGCCCAACAAAGAUUACGUCGCAACACUCAGAGCCGAGACAAGAAAGAUUCACUAUCCUCCGAGAAUGUUAUGGAACGGAUAGGAAUGAGGCGCAAGUCGGAGCCGAGCUGUUUGCUGGCGGAGGAGGAGACGGAGAUAAGACUGGACGCAACAUCGGCCACAGAACUGAGGAUAUCCGAGUCAGACCUGACCACGGCUGCGGAGGUGGAUGACCGGGGACCCAAUGAGAGGAAACGGACCUUGGAGGAGAUAGUGGGUCAACUGUUGAUGCAGAACAGGGAGUUCCAGCGUAUACUGAGCAAGCAGAAACAGCUGAUCAGCAGACGACGGGCAGCAGACACAAGUGAUGAGGAGGAGGACACCAAACCUGCCAGGCCGAGCAGGAGCCCAAAUACCUACAACUGUCGACUACCCAACUCUGGUGACUAUGACAACCUAAGGAAUGUGUGGGAGUCAGUACAGGCGUUGGAGCGGAGAGCUAGUCUCAAGCGAACACAGUCCUUCACCAGCCACGAGUACGACAGUUCGCCGGACCACUCACUUCCCUGCAGUACCUCACGACUGUCACUCGACACACCCACCUCUCCUGCUGUGUGGCUCAAGCAACAACAGCUAGUCACCACGGCAACCAAGAAGUCAGGAUCCCUGCCUCGCAGCUUCCCUCUUGCACAUUCUGCCGAGUAUCCCAAGCCUGGGCCAGAGCGGCCUGUGACCAUCGCCUCAGAUAAACCUCAGGGUCUUCACCUGGACGACAUGGAGCGAUACGUAGACACAGACAAACGUCUAGGGUGGAGGCAUAGGUUCCCGGUGCCAGACUAUACCACAGAAGAAGAAAGCACUACGGAGUAUCUCUCGAGCGCACAAAGCUUCAAUUUCCACCCUGAAUACAAGAUUUACAGAACCGGAAUCACCAAAGCGGCUUUAAAAUCAGUUAUUUCGAGUGUGACAAAUAAGUUAGCCAGCUUGAGAGCGAGUACGGAAACACUAAAUGAGAGCGAUUCGGACAGACGAACAAAGUUGACUCAAGCUUUCAACAAACUGAGGCGUAAAGAAAAUGAAGACGAAACUCCGACUUACAAGCAAGGGAGUUCGAGGUUAGGAGCAAGGAUCGCACACGGUUCUGAAACGUCAGAUUAUGCCGAUCCAAGAGUUCUAUUUCCCUCGAUCACUCCUUCUAAAAAGGCAGCAUCUCUUCUCGGAAUACGACCGUAUUCCGUGUUAUCGUUAGUAUCCAACCUGACGUCUUCUAGCGAUGGUGAUAAAACAUCAGGGUAUGGCGGAAGUAUCGCUUCGACAGUUCAACUCGCUGGGAAAAAAGAUGAACACGAAAGCGAUGGGUCUGCAGAUAGCUUUUAUGAACGUUCCUUCGAGGCCAUGGAAUCCAUGAUGGACUCAGAAGUGUUUAGAGAUAGUGCCAUAUUCAGUGAUCCGGAUGAAAUGUUUGAUCACGGUUUCGUAAAGCCUCGUUCUACAGAGACCCAAACCAGACCAAAGGUACCUCCGCCUGUUCCUGCAAAACCUGCAAACUUGAAGGCGAUGUUUAGAAUGAACAAUAAUGUAAAUGUUAAUCUUCCGGACGUUGCGAGACAAGAGGACAAGGAAGCAGAUGAAUGUGAUUCUAGCUCUGUAGCCUCUACUGUUAUAGAGUCAACCUCGAGCAAGGGAUGGGUGAGGCACGUCAUUGGCAAACUACAAGGCGACUCAGCUCAAUCUUAAACUUUACUUAAACUACUCAUGACAAUAAUUUAAAAGUAGUAUUGCAUUUCAGAUCCACAUAUACUGUAGACCCUUGUGUCAGCAUCAUUAUAAACACAUGGUAGUGCCUAAUACUGUGAGAUGUACAGAGGUGUACAAGGGUUAGCUAUUCAUUUACUUAACUGCCCGAUCAGCUAUGUGCUGUUUUAUGUCAAGGCAGGCAUAGAUUUUCCAUGCAGCCUCUCUGCCCUUUACCAUACUGUUGGCACAAUCUGUAACAAUUAUAUUCUCAAGUUUUACACAUAAUAAUCAAAAAUACCUAAGAUUUUAGCUUAGCAAAAGUGAUUUCAAUGACAAUACAAUAUUGUUGAAGUACCAUUGUAUGUGCAAUAAAUAAUAAUCAAGACUGCGCUUUGUUCUUACUCGACAAUAAUGUUUCGGAUAUACACAAGCAAUCACAUUGUACCAGUUUUAAGGUAUUUCUCGAUCUCUUGCUUGUCACACAAAUUAUUGAGCUUAUUAUAGCCUACAUUUUUUUUAUUUUGAUAUGUGAAUAUUGUAUUUGUUGAUGUAUAGUUACUUAUAUAGCUCAAUAUAUAAUACUUAACUAUAUUUUAACAUAUUUGUAAAAAUGUAAAUGCAAAUCCUUUAGUAAAGUGUAAACAUACCACCAAUUACUUUAAUAAAGUAAAUUAAUAAA